AUGCCCUCCUCCGCGGCGCUCUACAUCGGGAUGGAGGUGCUGAUCGCCGUGUCGUCGGUCGUCGGUAACGUGAUGGUGGUCUGGGCCGUGCGGAUCAACCGCUCCCUGAGAGACACCACGUUCUGCUUCAUCGUGUCCCUGGCCUUGGCUGACAUUGCGGUCGGGGCUCUGGUCAUCCCCCUCGCCAUCACCAUCAGCAUCGGGCUCAAGACGCACUUCUACAGCUGCCUGCUGGUCGCCUGCACGGUCCUGGUCCUCACGCAGAGCUCCAUCCUGGCGCUGCUGGCCAUCGCCAUCGACCGCUACCUGAGGGUGAAGAUCCCCAUGAGCUACAAGCGGGUGGUGACUCCUCGACGAGCUGGCACGGCCGUGCUGUUGUGCUGGCUGGUUUCCAUCGUAGUUGGUCUCCUGCCCAUGUUGGGUUGGAAUAACCUGCACCUUCUCAGUUACAAUGGCUCCCUAGUCACCGAUGACCUCUUGGUGACCUGUGGGUUUGAGACGGUCAUCAGCAUGUACUACAUGGUCUACUUCAACUUCUUUGGCUGGGUGCUGCCCCCCCUGCUCCUCAUGCUGGCCAUCUAUGUGGAGAUUUUCUACAUGAUCCACAAGCAGCUCAACAAGAAGGUGACGGCGAGCCACACAGACCCCAGGCGUUACUUUGGCAAGGAGCUCAAAUUAGCCAAGUCGCUCGCCCUCGUUCUUUUCCUCUUCGCGGUCAGCUGGCUCCCUCUUCACAUCCUCAACUGCAUCACCCUCUUCUGCCCUGACUUCGACAAGCCGAUGUUCCUCAUUUACAUCGCCAUCAUCCUCACACACGGAAACUCGGCCGUCAACCCGAUCGUGUACGCUUUCCGCAUCAAGAAAUUCCGCACAGCGUUCCGGAAAAUCUGGAAACAGUACGUGCUUUGUCAGGAUCCGGUAGGUCGGCUUCCUCAAAGAGGGAGCCAGAGAGGACAGAGUCACGAGAGAAGGCAGAACGAGGAUGAUGAUGAUGAUGAUGUGUGA